UUGUAUGUGGAUGUAUCCGUACCGCGGAGAUAAAAAGGGACCCGAAAAGAGCUCGCCUAACCCCACCGGCUCGCAAACCGCCUCCUCUUUGUCUCAAAGGCCGGUUGGUGGAAACUCCCCUGGAGCAGGAGGAAUCCCGCAUCACCGAAUCUCUUCACCUCACGCUUCGAUCGAUCCACUCGCCAGGCUAUCGCAUUAAUCGAAAGUUUUCUUCUCGACCUGCUUCGCGUCGAAAUCAAAGGUUCCCUGAUUUUGAGUUUGCUUUGUCAGUUCAUUUAGGAUGGCAUUUGCUCCAUCGACAACUGCUGUUGGUCCUGUCAGCAUACGAUUGCAUCACUUGCAUUGGAGCGGGAAUGUAUCUAUUUUUAGUUUCUCACAGUCAAGAUUUAGAAGAUCUGACAAGAAGACAAGAAAUGGUUUCUUGUUUAUGGAUGUAAAAGCUGUUGCUGCGAAGCCAGAUAUAGAUUUUGAGGAUGCAAACUGGAAAAAACACUUUCAGGAGGACUGGGAUAGGCGUUUCAAUUUGCCACAUCUGACAGAUAUUCUUGAUGUGAUGCCAAGGCCAACUACAUUCUCUCUCAAAAAAAGAGGCUCUCCUGAAAACAUAAAUGGUGCAUCAAAUGACAGGAGGAAUGACUAUGUGUACAAUGAUGAUAGGGCACUUCUGAAGGUAAUCAAGUAUUCUUCACCAAAUUCUGCUGGAGCAGAGUGCAUUGAUCCUGAUUGCAGCUGGGUGGAGCAAUGGGUGCAUCGUGCGGGGCCACGUAAGCAAAUAUAUUUUGAGCCCAAUGAAGUAAAAGCUGGAAUUGUUACUUGUGGAGGGCUCUGCCCUGGUCUUAAUGAUGUCAUUAGACAGAUAGUUUUCACCCUUGAAAAAUAUGGUGUUCAAAGGAUUGUUGGAAUACCAUUUGGUUAUCGUGGUUUUUCUGAAGAGGGUUUAGAAGAAAUACCGUUGUCACGUAGAGUCGUUCAAAACAUUAAUUUGCAAGGUGGGAGUUUGCUGGGAGUUUCUCGUGGAGGGCCUAACAUCAGUGAGAUUGUAGAUAACAUUCAGGCCAGGGGAGUUGAUAUGCUUUUUGUACUUGGUGGCAAUGGUACACAUGCAGGGGCAAAUGCAAUACAUAAUGAGUGUCGUAAGAGAAGAAUGAAAGUGUCGGUUGUGUGUGUGCCAAAAACCAUUGAUAAUGAUAUUCUCCUGAUGGAUAAGACGUUUGGUUUUGACACGGCUGUAGAAGAAGCUCAACGAGCAAUCAAUUCUGCAUAUAUCGAGGCACAUAGUGCAUAUCAUGGUAUUGGGCUGGUGAAAUUGAUGGGAAGAGAUAGUGGGUUCAUAGCUAUGCAUGCAUCUCUUUCAAGUGGGCAGAUAGACAUAUGUUUAAUACCUGAGGUACCUUUUGGUCUAGAGGGACCAUAUGGUGUCUUGCGGCACCUUGAGCAUCUGAUACAAACCAAAGGACAUGCUGUGGUUUGUGUCGCUGAAGGGGCGGGACAAGAUUUUAUGCAAAAGUCAAAUGCAACAGAUGCAUCAGGAAAUAAUGUACUUAGUGAUUUUGGUGUCCACAUUCAACACAAGAUAAAGAAACAUUUCAAGGACAUUGGUGUUCCAGCAGAUGUAAAAUAUAUUGAUCCUACUUAUAUGAUCCGAGCAUGUCGAGCCAAUGCAUCUGAUGCGAUCCUCUGCACGGUACUUGGACAGAAUGCUGUUCACGGUGCAUUUGCGGGCUUCAGUGGUAUUACAACAGGCAUCUGCAACACCCACUAUGUUUACCUUCCCAUUCCAGAGGUCAUUAGAUCUCCCAGGUGUGUCGACCCCAACAGCAGGAUGUGGCACCGAUGUCUGACAUCCACAGGCCAGCCAGAUUUCCACUGAUCUGUCUGUAGAUCUUUUUACCUUUCUUGCUGCAGAGCUGCAUCAUAUAUCAUUCAUUGCCCUUUCGCCGGGACUCAGCAAGUCCGGGUUGAUCAGAAUCCACAAUAUUAUGGGAACAGUUUAUAACAAACGAACAAUCUUUACUGGGUUUUUUUUUAAGACAGUUAAUUCAACUGCAGAUUCCAGAUUUCUAUCUCUUGCAAGAAACAAGUUGUAGUACUUCUGUUACUACAGUUGUCCUGUGGGAAAUAUCUUGCUAGUAGCUACUAUGCUAUAGCAGCCCGCCUGAAAUGUAUUACCGUAUUUUGUUCCUUUUUCACCAUUGUCCCCUUAGUUGCUGUAUGCUUCAAUGGCCAAAUUAUUCCAUCUAUUGCUGCUUCA